ACUCCCGUCUGGUCUCGUCUGGACGGGAGGUGCCAGCGCAGCCACUCUCCAGUCAGUCCAAGCCAGCCCAGUCCAGUCACUAACUGACCCGGGCACGUACCAUCACAGCACCGCACAGCACAGCACGCACGCAUUCACUCACCCGCUUCCUUCCUUCCCUCCUGCUCCGCUUCUGGGUCUCUCUGUCUUUGUUGACCCUCCUUCCCCUUCUUCCCUACCCCCCCAUUUGAACGAACCAUCUUCCUCCAAAUCCCGCCUCUCUCUCCUACUUUCUUCAGCCUCGACUGAAUUUCUUUUACGCUUACAUACUCCGACUUUCCAAACAACUUUCUACCACAAACAUCCAUCGUAAAACAGUCUCCGUGCACUGUUUUCUACCCCGGACGAUCCUUUACAUCGAUCGUUAUUAACGUCCGCGAUACCUCGCAACAAACUCUUUAGAUACCCCCUCUACAUAUCACAAAAUGGCUCUUAAGCGCAUUAACAAGGAGCUCACUGAUCUCGGCCGAGAUCCACCCUCUUCUUGCUCUGCCGGCCCUGUCGGCGAGGAUUUGUUCCACUGGCAAGCUACUAUUAUGGGACCUAGUGACUCUCCAUACUCCGGCGGUGUCUUCUUCCUGGCCAUUCACUUCCCUACCGACUACCCUUUCAAGCCUCCCAAGGUCAACUUCACUACUCGCAUCUACCACCCCAACAUCAACUCCAAUGGUAGCAUCUGCCUGGAUAUUCUGCGUGACCAGUGGAGUCCUGCGUUGACCAUCUCUAAAGUCCUUCUGUCCAUCUGCUCGAUGUUGACAGACCCCAACCCUGACGAUCCUCUUGUGCCCGAGAUUGCCCAUGUCUAUAAGACUGACCGACCCCGAUACGAGGCCACAGCUCGGGAGUGGACUCGAAAGUAUGCAAUCUAGAGCGAAUACCAGGGCCGGUGCGGUUAGACUCGGGGUGGUUUCAUCUCCCCUAUCAUGAAGCGACGUGAAACGAACGAGUGAAAGCUUCGUAUGCUGUUGCGAAAUGUCUGUUAGUCGGCGAUACCUACAUGGGUGCUUUGCCUGAACCAGGGCUUUGAUUGCGAUUAUUAGGCAAUGAGCGACGAUACGAAGCGACCUGAGGGGGGGAACAACUCCAGACAACAGACUAGUCUAGGCAGGGAUAUCAUGCGGCUGGAUGUUGGGUUUGCAUUGACGAUGUGUUUUUGGCAUCCAGAAACAAGCAGCGUAUACAAUUUGUCUCUCUAUUUGCUAUAUCUUCGGUGCUUCUGUUGUGUUGAUUCCGAAUCUCGGUGACAUUGUGAAGUUUGAUUUGAAGACUCCAAAGUAAUGGCCUAAUGGGUGAUGAUGAAGCGCCAGCAUAUGGCGAUCCGCACACAAAGGAUACAUCAUGGUGAAAGCUGGCGGCUACUUAUGCUGAGAUUGGUGUGAUUAGGCGCCGACAGGAUUGAGGCUGGUUGACACGACUGGUAAUAUGACGGGCGCUAGUGGUCAGGAACUCGGGGCUCAUCGAGCAUAGAUCAGGAUGGAGAUCACAAGGGAGAUUUACUUACAGUUGGUCCAGAGCGUUUCUAUAGGUAAUGUGAAGAAUCUGUGUGGAAGUUGUGGAUGAAAUACCAAACCGAAGUCGCAUGAGAUUGGUUCGUCAGAUAGCUGGAGUUUGUAUGGAAAUACGAGCUGUCCAGAUAGGCCAUGAUGAUGACGAAUGUGCUUGGAGAUGGCACAUGUCUUGGAAGAGAAGUGAAACGCGGCAGAGACAAAGCUGGAACGAUGUGAUAUAGGCAGAGAUUUGAUAUAUUCCGUUGUUUCUGAGAUAGAUAUGAGUGGGGGUUGGUUGUUUAAGAGCGGCUCUUGGACUAUGGAGCAGUGUUUGGGAUCUAGUAUAGAGGAAAGUUAAAGAGUUGCUCUGUUAUAGCUACUGAUGUACGCACGCUGUAUUGGAUGUCCUAUUAUAUGAGAAGGGAUAGUGAUAAUGCCAAGAUGUGAUAUCCAAACAACUAAUUGCUUGUGCAUUCAA